GACUUUUAAAGUAUGGGUUCCCAGAAAAACAAUUUGUGGAACACGGGUUUGACCAAGUGAGCCAAUCACAUAACUAACUCAAACUUGGUAUUGCUUACUGGACUUUGUCAUAAAAAUCUAAAUUUUAUUAAUCAUAUCUACCAAAAAAAGGUUGGGAACCACGGGCCUCAAUGUUCAAUUUCUCUGUCCGUUUCUCUUCGAUUUUCAUCUAAACAGGAUCAAAUUCGAAUCGCAUUUUCUUUAAUAAAGACAGCCUAAAUACAACAAAAGGAUGCUCGAUGGCAAACGUUCUGCAAUACGGACCGAAAAAAAUCACACAAACAGUGUCUGCUGAGUACAUGCUGUACUUCAACCUCAUGUUUUGGAUGAUCCUCGUAAACAAACAAUCAGCCGACAACUAGCGAAAAAAAGUAGAAACACGAGGUCCGGCGCUCACAACACACUUGACUGUACCACACGCACUCCGUGUUUGUCUCCUCACCUCCCUGUGACACUCCCCUCUCUCUCUCCCUGUCAGCAAACAGUAUAAAUAUCCUACUCUGAGCAUUGCUGGGAUUCAGACGCUGACCCUCACUAGGCAGUGGUACCACAGGUAGCAGGAGUUUUCCUGAGCCCAGAAGGGAGCGCUACAGACUACAAUACACUACAAUAAUUAGGGAGAAAAAAAAAGGACAGCUUUGAAGAAACACUUCCACCAUGCGGCUCCAGGUGUCUCUCCUCUGUUUGUUCUGCUUGACCAUGCGCAGCCAGGCUGAAGAUGGAGCCUCCCUCCAUGGCUCCAUCAACCCGGCCGGCCGUUGCCACUACACCUUCACAGUGGCCAGUCCCCAGGAGUCCAGCUGCCCGGGAGGCGACAUUAAGUCAGAAAUGGAUGGCGUCCUUUCCCGCCUCACGCUGCUGGAAGCUUUGGUCAGUCAGCUCUUAGCGGGAGCGGACGGAGGCACGGGGUCCAAAGGCGGAGAGGAUGUGCAGAAGGCUACCGCUCACGUGACGGGGGAAAGAAAUAAGCUGCAGCAGGACAACGCAUAUCUGACCCAGCAGGUCCGGGAGCUGCAAAGACGGCUGGAGGAGCAGAACCGGGAGGCUGAAAGUCUCAAGCAGAAGUCCUGCGAACAAACGCAACUACCUGGAGGCAGUCAGCGUGACACCAGACCUGUCAGUGAUCCCGUUCAUGAUUUGGCCAAUGGGUCGUACCAGGAGAUGAAAGCUGAGGUGACCGAGGUGCCUGCAUCCCAGCUGAUCCUCGACGGAGGUCACAAUGCUACAGAUUGCGGAGACCUACUGUCAGUGGGCGAUCCGGUCUUACACAGGAAGGCUGACAGUAUCACGGGAAAAUACGGAGUAUGGCUCCAGGACCCUGAACCCCGGGGCCCUCACUACACAAAGAAAACCGUGUGGCGAAUCGACGCGGUGGGCAAAGACAUCCGUCAGCUCUUCGCAUACGAGGACCUCGAUCAGUUCUCCCGAGGCUUCCCUAUGAAGGUGGUCGUCCUGCCGGAGCCUUUAGAGAGCACGGGGGCCACCGUCUACCGCAGCUCCCUGUACUACCAACGUAAACGCAGCAGGACCCUGAUCCGCUACGACCUGGACUCCGAGAGCGUGGCAUCACGCUCGGAGCUGCCCGGCGCCGGCUUCCACGGACAGUACCCCUACUCUUGGGGGGGCUACACCGACAUCGACCUGGCGGUGGACGAACAGGGCCUGUGGGCCAUUUACAGCACAAGCGAGGCCAACGGAGCCAUCGUCAUUUCUCGGCUCGACCCCGACAGCCUUGCUGUUGGGAAGAGCUGGGAGACCACCAUCAGGAAGAACACGGUGGCCAACGCUUUCAUGGCGUGCGGACGCCUGUACACGCUGGCCAGCUACACCGCAGCCAACACGGUGGUUAACCACGUGUUCGACACAGCCACGGGCGUCAGGCGGCCGGUUGCCGUGCCCUUCAGGAACAGGUACAAAUACAACAGCAUGCUGGAUUACAACUACGCCCACAGGAAGCUGUACGCCUGGGACAACUUCCACAUGGUCACCUAUGAUGUCAGACUGGGCCCCGGCAGCCGCUGAGGAGGAAACAAGCUGCUGUUUAACGGACUUUAUCACUGGAGCGAGUGAAUGUGACGCGGCUAUGCUGUUGGAAAACCGUGUACUGAAGUUAAUAAAGUGUUUCUGCAGCGGCAAUAAUAUAAGAAUAUAAAUAUAGACAUGUUAUAUAACUUCUAAAUAAAACUUUGUAUUCACCCACUUCUGCUUAUGAAUCAACGUUGGUCUGGGGAGUUUAAAUGUUCUUGUCAAAAAAAAGGUGGGAGCAAGAAAUCAAUUUCUCAACCAGUACUAAGUGGCUGCGGCUUUUCAUGAAAAAGGGUUCAAAUCCCGGCUUUGGUUCCGACUGAAUGGUUUCACAGAUGAUUUUCAUCCUACAUACCAUACAUUAAUUAAGCUAACUUAAACAGCAAACGCCAAAAUAAGCGUCCGUUAAACAAGAGAGAGUAUCGUAAUGACUAGACCAAACGUCUGGAAACAAACCCGUGACCUCUACUGUCCAUUGUUGUCAAAGGUGGCUACAGCAUGUGGUGAGACAUACCUUUAGCAGGAGCAGCAG